AUGGGUAACGGGAAAAGUCGUUACACGCACACCAUUACAGUCGGGAUGACUUCUCGGGAGGGGUUUUUUAGUGCCUCGCCGGUAUCACUCUAAUCAGUCUUGAGAUAUCUUGCAAAAAGAACAGUUGAAUUUCACCGAGGAUCGCCAAAAGUCACAAAAAAUCUAUCAAAAUGUUCAAGCAGCACCUGGAAAUGAUCGGAAGCUACGAGCCAAUCAGCAAGAAGGCUCGCUUCUUCAACACCUACCUGAAGUCGUUGAAGGGAUCCCAGGACAUCAUGGCCAAGGAGAAGAAGAACUAUAGCUCUACCUACGAGAGCGCGAGCAUCUACUCCGACUCCCAGCACGCCGUUGACCGCAUCCACUCCCCCGGAUACCAUUACAACACCGUCAGCAAGGACACCUACGGAGUCACCCCCGGAAGCUGAACGUGCGCGAUUUCGCUGUCCGUCGCUAAGCAUGUUACCGCCAGGAAAGUGUGGCCAAAGCCAGAAAAUGAGGCUUAAAUGAAACCAACAUUAGCAAGAUUUUUGACAUUUGAUGAUAGAAAAUCUUACAAAUGACUUUAUUUGGCGACCUCCCUCAAAGAACAACAACAACAACAACGAUACAAACAUCAACGAAAAACGGAACAACAAAAAUGAAGGACAUUCAAAACGCGGUUUAUCUCUCUUUCAACCAAAAACCGACCAAUCGUGACGAAAAUACAACUGACUUUACUCGACAAACAUUCGUUCAAUCAAUCAAUCAAUCGAUCAACUGUUCUCGAUAAGACUCAUUACCAAGGAAACGAACAGCAGUCAACAAUCGUUGCUUACCGAUCAAACACCGAUCGCAGUAAGCCAUAUUUGACAGGUAGAUGUAAGAUGAAAACAAAUGUAGAAGACCGAACCGAACAACAACAACAAUUGACAAAUUAAUGUAAAUAGACGAAAUGUGAACAAGACAGUGGCAGCUCCUCUCCAAGAAAAAAAAAACAACAACCAACAACAUCAUAUUUUAAAAUGGCAACAGCAGCAACACCAACUGGAAACCAGAAUUCAUGGUAUAGAAGACAACUUUAGCUUUACGUAAUAAUUAAAAGAAAGAAAAAAAACUUAUUUUAUUUCGACGAUUAAGUAACAACAACUAGAAGAAGAAGAAGAAGAUGCGCAGGAAACAUGAGAAUAAGCUUACUAACCCCGUAGUGUUUAAGAAGUAGAAAAACAGACACACAAACACACACAGACAAUACAGGACCGUAGUUUAUGUGCAGAAAAGGAAAAGCGGAGAAAAUGUGAACCAGGAGUUUACUAAUCGUGACUACCAUUAAAUCAAGACUCGUUAAGGUGUAGAAUCACAGACGCAGACAAUGUGGAACACAUAUAUAAGAACCUCUAUUUUUCUUUUCAUUUAUUUUAUUGUGUACUCUUAAUGUUUUAUUUGUAAUCAAGGCUGUAAACUAUGACAAAAAUACGAGUUCAAUAAAAAGACCAAAAAAAGACGAAA